AUGUCGGAACGUCCCGUGGGAGUGGGAGCCUGCACUGGAGCUGAGACUGGAGGGACUGGUUUUGGGAUUGCAGCCGGAGCUGCAGGGGGGUUUGGGAUUGGACCUGGGGUGGGGAAUGGACCCCGAGCUGGGACUGGAGGGACUGGGAUUGGACCUGGGGUGGGGAAUGGACCCCGAGCUGGGACUGGAGGGACUGGGAUUGGACCUGGGGUGGGACGAGCGGGGACUGGAGGGACUGGGAUUGGACCUGGGGUGGGGAAUGGACCCCGAGCUGGGACUGGAGGGACUGGGAUUGGACCUGGGGUGGGGAAUGGACCCCGAGCUGGGACUGGAGUCAAAGGUUCAGGGCCUGUAUCAGGCUCGGCAUCCGGGACCAGGCAGGGCUCGGUGCGUCCCAUCUGGGCCGAGGGGCUGGUCGCCCUGCUGGAGGGGGGUCUGGACAGCGUGUUGUUGAUUGACAGCCGGCCCUUCGUAGAAUAUAACUCCUCCCACAUCCUGGAGGCGGUCAAUGUGAACUGUUCAAAACUGAUGAAGAGACGGCUGCAACAGGACAAGGUUCAGAUCAACGAACUGCUGCAACACUCUGCUAAGAAGAAGGUGAGUUCCUGUAUCAGGGAGUUUCUCUUUAACUAUAACCUCUGUCUUCCUUUAUUUGAUUGGGAUGUUUCUGUGUGUCUGUCUUCAGGUGGUUUCUCAGCGUUUUCCCAGCUGUUUCCAGGUCUAUGUGAAGGUAAGGCUCUUCUGGCCACAUCCUGCCUGGUCCCCACCUGCCUCUCUCAGCCCUGCCUGCCCCUCAACACCUCUGGGCCAACACGCAUCCUGCCUCACCUCUACCUGGGCUGUCAGAGAGACGUACUCAACAAGGAAGUGAUGCAGCAGAAUGAGAUCGCGUACGUCCUGAAUGCCAGUAACACAUGUCCCAAACCAGACUACAUCCCUGAGUCUCACUUCCUGCGAGUUCCUGUCAACGACAGCUUCUGCGAGAAGAUCCUUCCCUGGUUGGACAGAUCUGUAGAGUUCAUAGAGAAGGCCAAAGCCUCCAACGCCUGUGUGCUGGUCCACUGUCUGGCUGGCAUCUCCCGCUCGGCAACCAUCGCUAUCGCUUACAUCAUGACGAGGAUGGACAUGUCACUAGACGAAGCUUACAGGUUCGUCAAGGAGAAGAGACCCACCAUCUCUCCUAACUUCAAUUUCCUGGGUCAGCUGCUGGACUUUGAGAAGAAGAUCAAGACUCCUGGACGGUCGGAGAUCAGAGAAACCACCGGGGUCAAACCCUCUCCUCUCCUCCACCUCCCUCUAGAGCAAGACCCCCCUAACCCUACUCCCAGCUUCCCAGACCCUGCCCUGGCCCUGCUGGAGCCCCUGACUCUGCCGUGUGUCCUGGCCCCCUGGCCUCCAGAGGAGAGGCUCCUGGCCCAGGCUCUCCAGGGGCUCCAAGGCCUUCAGCUGGACCAGGGGACGGAGGACAGCGCUGCACGGCUGAAAAGGUCCUUCUCUCUGGACAUCAAGUCGUACAGGGAGCCAGGAGGCUGCAGCAACGCCCCCAUGAGGCCAUACCCCCACCCUACAUCCCACCCCGGAGCCCAGGAGUAUUAUAACCCAUCCGUGAGCUUCAAGGAGCCUGCAGGGAAACCGUAUCAGUUCUCUCCUGUGAAGGAGAUGUCAGAGCAGUCUACACCUGAGCCGAGCCCUGACAAGGAGCAGGACGACGGUCCCGCAGACCCUGCUGCUACGUCUGCAGCUCCCACUGCUGCUCCUGUAGCCUCCACCACUACCAGCACCACUACCACCUCCAACCAGCCCAGCAUGAAGCAGCCCAGCCAGGCUAAGCCUCCUCCACCUCCCCUCUCCUGUUCCCAGCAGCUCCACCGUAGUGGCAGUAUGGAGGAGAACUCUAACCGCACCCCUCACACCACCGGCUUCCUGUUCGGCCUAUCGCGUUCCCAGCAGCACCUGUCCAAGCCCGCCCCUAACCUAGGCUCCGCCCUGAAGGGCUGGCACUCUGACAUCCUAUUGGGUCCCGUCACCGUGUCGUCGGGGGGAUGGUACCUCUCCGAGUCACACCACUUCUACUCCACCUCCACCAUCUUAGGAGGCGGGGCUAACAUUCUGGGGGGUGGCAGCGUGGCGGCGUACAGCGUGAGUCAGGGGUUGGAGGAGGUGCGGCGGCGUGGGCGGCAGCGGAGCGGCGACCACGGGGACUCACGGAGGAGCUGGCACGAGGAGAGCACCUUGGAGAAGCAGCUGAAGAGACGGAGCUGUCAGAUGGAACUCGGAGACAGGAUGAGAGGAGGAGGCGAGACUAGAUCCAGGGAGGAGAUGGGGAGUCACAGCAGCUUCUCAGGCAGCAUGGAGGUCAUAGAGGUGUCCUGAGAGGGACAUUCAAUAUGGCCUCCAGUCCACCCCUUACGGGAUCAUUGAUUUGAAUGGAGACAUCCGUUCUAGGGAGUAUAACCUCCUCAGAUCAGACCCAUGUUGAGGGAAAGACUUGUUAUGGACUCAUCUUAUUAUCCCACUAGGGACUUGAACCUUGAGUUGAUUUAAGCGGCUCUAUGUGUACUUGUGUCGCGACAGUUGGCAUUAAUGUAGUUGAACUUUGACCUGGAAGCAGAAAGCAGCUGUGUGACGAUGAUGAAUGUGAUGAAGAGGUGAACUCUGAGAGGACUGAGACAAACUGAGUCUUUUGUUUGGAUGAGUGUUCAUCGUUUUCAUUUAUUUCUGAAUGUUGAUGAUCGUCGUCAAGGAGCAGUAGAUGUCUGCCUGACGUUGGAUUCAUGGAGCUUUUAUGAAGCCUUAUGAAGUCUUUAUGAAGCCUUAUGAAGUCUUUAUGAAGCCUUAAGAAGUCUUUAUGAAGCCUUAUGAAGUCUUUAUGAAGCCUUAAAAGUCUUUAUGAAGCCUUAAGAAGACUCUAUGAAGCCUUAAGAAGUCUUUAUGAAGCCUUAUGAAGUCUUUAUGAAGCCUUAUGAAGUCUUUAUGAAGCCUUAUGAAGUCUUUAUGAAGCCUUAAAAAGUCUUUAUGAAGCGUUAUGAAGUCUUUAUGAAGCCUUAUGAAGUCUUUAUGAAGCGUUAUGAAGUCUUUAUGAAGCGUUAUGAAGUCUUUAUGAAGCCUUAUGAAGUCUUUAUGAAGCCUUAUGAAGUCUUUAUGAAGCCUUAAGAAGUCUUUAUGAAGCGUUAUGAAGAACGCGAUCAGAGAUCCUUGAUAGCCCUGUGUCAAAUCAUCCAAUACCUCACACAUCCAAAUUAGAGGCUUCUCCUGGUCCUCUGUCUUCUUCUGAUUGACAAUUCAAAUCUCAGGUCUUAUUUGAGCAGCAAGAAAAGAUGCUGGAACAACUGAACAGCUACCGAACAGUUCCCGAACAGCUACCGAACAGCUACCGAACAGUUCCCGAACAGUUCCCGAACAGCUACCGAACAGCUACCGAACAGUUCCCGAACAGUUCCCGAACAGCUACCGAACAGCUACCGAACAGUUCCCGAACAGCUACCGAACAGCUCCCGAACAGCUCAGUUGGUAGAGCAUGGCGCUUGUACCCCAGGGUUGUAGGUUCAAUUCCCGGGGCCGCCCAGACGUAAAAUGUACGCACGCAUGACUGUAAGUCACUUUGGAUUAAAGCGCUAAAUAUGAUAUAUUAUUAACGGUGUGGUUGUGGGUUUUGUCUGAUACCUGUGGUUAAGGAAUGAUGUAAUGAUUGAUACCUGUGGUUGAUAACUGAACAGAUAACUGAACUGAAUGAUUGAAACCUGUGGUAAAGGAAUGAUGUAACGACUGAUACCUGUGGUAAAGGAAUGAUGUAAUGACUGAUACCUGUGGUAAAGGAAUGAUGUAAUGACUGAUACCUGUGGUAAAGGAAUGAUGUAAUGACUGAUACCUGUGGUAAAGGAAUGAUGUAAUGACUGAUACCUGUGGUAAAGGAAUGAUGUAAUGACUGAUACCUGUGGUAAAGGCUUUGAAUAAGUUCUGACUGGAGACCAGUGGUCCCUUCCCUGUCCUGAGACCAGUGGUCCCAUCCCUGACCUGAACCUUGUCCUGAGGUCAGUGGUCCCAUCCCUGACCUGAACCCUGUCCUGAGGUCAGUGGUCCCAUCCCUGACCUGAGACCAGUGGCCCAGACCUGAACCCUGACCUGAGACCAGUGGUCCCAUCCCUGACCUGAGACCAGUGGCCCAGACCUGAACCCUGACCUGAGACCAGUGGUCCCAUCCCUGACCUGAACCUUCUCCUGAGGUCAGUGGUCCCAUCCCUGACCUGAGACCAGUGGUCCUGACCCAGACCUGAACCUUGUCCUGAGAACAGUGGUCCCAUCCCUGACCUGAGACCAGUGGUCCUGACCCAGACCUGAACCUUGUCCUGAAACCAGUGGUCCUGACCCAGACCUGAACCUUGUCCUGAGGUCAGUGGUCCCAUCCCUGACCUGAGACCAGUGGUCCUGACCCAGACCUGAACCCUGACCUGAGACCAGUGGUCCUAACCCUGACCUGAGACCAGUGGUCCUGACCCAGACCUGAACCCUGACCUGAGACCAGUGGUCCUGACCCAGACCUGAACCCUGACCUGAGACCAGUGGUCCUAACCCUGACCUGAGACCAGUGGUCCUGACCCAGACCUGAACCCUGACCUGAGACCAGUGGUCCUGACCCAGACCUGAACCCUGACCUGAGACCAGUGGUCCUGACCCAGACCUGAACCCUGACCUGAGACCAGUGGUCCUAACCCUGACCUGAGACCAGUGGUCCUGACCCAGACCUGAACCUUGUCCUGAGGUCAGUGGUCCCAUCCCUGACCUGAGACCAGUGGUCCUGACCCAGACCUGAACCCUGACCUGAGACCAGUGGUCCUAACCCUGACCUGAGACCAGUGUUCCUGACCCAGACCUGAACCCUGACCUGAGACCAGUGGUCCUGACCCAGACCUGAGACAGGUUCAGCUCCCACAGUGUGUGGACGUGUGUGAGAGAUAGUAGGUCUGUUAUGGGGUUGUUGUUGCUGUGUCAGAAUAUAGCUCGUUUUACAACAGACAAUGUGGACAUUUGGAUGAAGCUGAUAAGCAGUAGAUGUAUGUUGACUGUUGAAAUAAAAUCUGAAACGGUACACAA